AUGAAAACUCAGCGCACUGCUGGCCCCAUCGAACUCAACCAGAACAAUAUCAUCCGCCCACUCUCCCAUACAACCACCUCCUCCUCAUCCAACUCCUCCCAGAGCGACAGCACAUUCGAGGCUCCAUCCAAGUCCUCUCACAGACUGUCCUUGAACGCCAGUAAAAGAGUGUUCCGCCCUCGCUCCAAGUCCCCCUCGCCAAUCAGCACCGAGCUGCCAGUCAACCGUACCCGUCGCUCCACAUCCGACGGCUAUAACAAGAGCAGCCCAAGAACGGUGCCUGCAAGAACCCACAACCCAUUCCCCCAGCACUCCACAAGCCCUACCGCAAUGUCGCCCACCGAAACAAUCAGUCAGCCCUCUGCUGGCCACCACAAGCGCGACAACUCCUACAGCUCGCAGAACAGAAGGAGCAGUGACGAUUUCCGCCGCUACAAUGGAACAGUGAACCACUAUGGCCGCCACUCGAACGACUGGCUGUUUGGUGGGUUCAGUCUCCGCGACACUGUCCGCGACAGCGUUGAUCGUCUGCGCCACCACGGCAAGGAGAGCUGA